AUGUAUAUAGCAGAGAUAUCCAUCGCGGCGCUGCCACUGCCGCGGUGGGAUCAUUAUGAUUUUUAUGAAGAUAUAUGUCAAUAUUAUGAAACUUGCUUGAAUUUAGCUUGUGAAGUUGAUCUUCAUAAUUAUUCAUCAAUUACUUCAUAUUCGAUUCAGUUUCCACGAACUAAUCGAUUGAUUCUUUCGGGAGAAAAUAUAAAUGAAAAUCCUUCAGUUAUAUUUGAUCUUACUCGUCUAUUUUUACCUACACAACUUACUGAAUUAAUUAUUUCUGAUAAAACAAUUCGAUUGGAACAAUUACAGUUAUUCUUAGAUCAUUUUCCUAAUAUAAAAUCAUUAACAAUUCCAACAAGUGUACUCUAUUUAUGUUCACCACAAUCGGAAACAAAACGUUUAAUAUUUAAUAAGAAUAAUAUUAUCAAAAUUAAUCUUAUCAAUCAAUGUACUUUAGAAGAUAUUCAAAUACUUAAUCGAUUUUGUCCAUAUUUACAUAGUCUUGAAAUAGAAGUAGAUAAAGAUAAUUUAGAAUUAAUUUUACAUUUUUUAUUAAAAAUAUAUACAAAUCAAAAUCAUCGAAAUCAAUUAUCAACAUCUUCAUAUUCGAGAAAAAACAUUAUUUUUUGGCAACAAGAAUAUUCGGCUUGUAUUCAUUGUAUGAAAAAUCGACAUUUAAAUUCAUUUCGAUCGCCUUGUAAUCAUCAUCUUUCUUCAAUAUGUUUUCGAGAUGUAAAUUAUAUGAUGGUAAAAAAACUACGAACAAAAAUUAAUCAAGAUGCAUUACUGGAUGACUAUGUAUUAGAAUAUUUAGAUCAAAAUAUGUAUAUAUGGUGGUAG